AUGGGGGGAAGCUUUAUUUCCAUCAUGCUGAGCAGCGGGCAAAUCAAAAUUGACAUGAUCCCCAAAUUCUGGAAGAAGAUAUGGGACGAGUGGGAUGUGCACGGAGUCAUUCUCCUCAGUCUCUGCCUGCAGAUCUUUCUCAUCUUCUUCGCUUCUUUAAGAAAGCGCACAAAAGGCUUCUUACCCCGCGCAAUCUGGUUAGCUUACCUUCUUGCCGAUUGGGCUGCGAGCUACUGUGUUGGGCUCAUCUCCAAUAAUCAAAAAGCCCACUCAACCAAAACCACAAGAGACCACCUCACUGCAUUUUGGUCUCCUUUUCUUCUGCUUCACCUUGGGGGUCCGGACACCAUCACUGCUUAUGCUUUGGAGGACAAUGAGCUUUGGCUCAGGCAUCUUCUGGGUCUCAUUUUCCAGUCUGGCACAGCUGCUUGCAUCUUCGUUUUGACACUUCAUGACAACUCAUUGUGGUUCCCAACCCUUUUGGUGUUUGUUGCUGGACUAAUAAAGUACGCUGAGAGAACUCGUGCUUUGUAUGUUGCAUCAUUCAACGCUUUCAGGCAAUCCCUAGUUCCAGACCCAGGCCCCGAUUACGGAAGGCUCAUGGAGGAAUUCUAUUCUCGGAGGAAGGCCGGACUUCCUGCUCAGAUUGUCACCAUCUCGGAGCUUGGGGGUACCAGUGAUGCAGGCAGCGAAUAUUGGAGCCAGGGACCGAAUGAACUUGAGGCGGUUCGGAAAGGUUUCUUCUUCUUCCAAAAGUUCAGAGGUAUCAUUGUUGACAUGAUCUACAGCUUCGAUGACCGUCGCGAGAUCCGACGGUAUACGGAAAGCAAAGCGCCAGAGGAAGUUCUCGAGGUGAUAGAAGUCGAACUUAAUUUCAUGUAUGAAGCUUUCUACACCAAAGUCACGGUAGUACGCAAGUGGUUCGGGUACUGCAAUAAAUUUAUCUCCUUCACUUUUGUUCUGUUGGCUCUUGGACUCUUUAUUUUAGAAGAGAAGCGUGGUUUGGACAAGUUUGAUACAGGUGUAACUUACGCUUUGUUAUACGGCGCUCUGGCCUUAGACACCAUAGCUUUCGUCAAGCUCUUGUUCACUGAAUACACAGCUACUCUUUCCCUGGAAUCUCAAGAUUUGAAAGGAGUCCCACUUUUCCAGCGAUCCAAAAUGAGCUUGCUCAGAAAGUUCAAUGACAAAAUGUUGGUGGGUUUCCUUCGGUGGAAGAAACCAAGAUGGGCAGAAAUUAAGGAGCAACAGCAGCCUGCUGAUUAUAAAGAACUGUCCACUCCAGUACUAUAUCGCAGAUGGUGGGGAUCAAUCUCACGUUACAAUUUGAUGAAAUAUUGCCUGGAAAUGCCUGUUCAUCAAAAGAUUCCUCGUCACCUUAAUGAGAAACCCUGCAUUGAACGAUUUCAAAAGAAAUGCUUCAAAAUUGUGCUGUCCGCACAAGGUGGUUUCUAUAAAGUGGCCCACCUUUGUGGCUUUCGAGAUCUUAUUGACCAAUGGAGGUUCAAGGAGGACAUGCCGUUGCCUAAAGACCUUUGGAGAUAUAUCUUCAAGCAGCUGCGAGAAAGAUCCAGUCGUGUUUGCGGUGAAGAUGCGGAGAUGUUCCGAAGAAUGUGUUUCGUGAGAGGUGAGUGGGCUAUCAAGGAAGCAAAACUGCAUAUGUUGAUGCCUUUUGUGGACCCCGAGGAAGUGGCUUUUGAUCAAAGCCUCAUAAUGUGGCACAUUGCUACUUGCCUCUGCUACUACAGCGAGAAGAACAACGGGGAGCAUUUUGAUGAAAGAGAUUACAGCAUGAUUCUGUCAGACUACUUGAUAUACCUUCUAACAGCGCAGCCUGCGAUGAUGUCUUAUGUGGCAGGAAUUGGACAAAUAAGGUUCCAGACAACAUGUGAGGAGGCGAAAAGGUUCUUCAGCAGAAAGAGCCUGGACCUGAUAACGGAUCGGAGGGAGAGGCUAGAGGAAGCUUGCCAAGGUAUAAUGGCGGUGCUUGAGGAUGUGGCGCCCGAGCAUUUGACGAGCGAAUGGAGCAUAUCACUCUUGUUUGACGCAUGCAGGUUGGCCAAAGAGUUACAAAAAAUAGAGAAUAAUAAAUGGGAAAUUAUAGGGGCAGUGUGGGUGGAACUGUUGUCAUUCGCUGCAAUUCAGUGCAAACCUACGGCGCAUGUGAAGGUGUUGAGUGAGGGUGGCGAACUUCUUUCGCUUGUUUGGCUGCUCAUGUUUCAUUUCGGUCUCGGCAACUUCCAGUUCAAAGACCCCAGGACUAAACUCUUGAUAGGAAAGGUGGUCCAGUAG